AUGCAUGUUACACUACAACUCGGAUUUCAAUAUAUAUGGGUUGAUCAACUUUGCAUCGAUCAAAGAGACGCAGAAGACAUGAGCUGCCAGUUAAGUCAAAUGAACACUAUCUAUAACCAAGCAAGUGUCACUAUAGUUGCCGCCGCAGGAGAAAGUUCAUCGCAUGGUUUACCUGGUGUCGGCCAGCGCCCUCGCAUGAUUCACAAUAAGCUCACCCUGAACGGAACGACAUGGAAAUUCCGCCCCGAGCUGAUUAAACAUCAAGUGGGCAAAUCAAAAUGGUCGACCAGGGGUUGGACGUACCAGGAAGCAGUGUUCUCUCGCAGGUGUGUCAUCUUUGCUGACGACCAAGUCUUCUUCCAAUGUGGAUGUAUGAUGUGUGCACAGGAAUUGAUAAAAGAUUUUGCCAAAUGCGAACCCGACUUUCGAAUCUUUGAGCGUAUGGCGGACGAGGAUUCAGAUUCCCAACAAUAUCUACCAAGGAGUGGGAGGUUCAUGCAAGAUUUGAAGGCAUACUCCAAACGUGAACUUACGUAUGAUUCCGAUGUCUUGAGAGCCAUGGACGGCGUUUUCGCCUUCUACGCCCAGCUGGAACCACCGGUGGAACAAUACUGGGGUCUCCCAGUACGAUGA